AUGCUAACAGAUGCAACUGCUAGACUUUAUAGCAGUCAAGGAAGAGAAAAUGAUGGAAGAAUUCGUAUAGCAGGACAAGACUUAUUUUUGUUACACGACCCUCCACAUCUUCUAAAAAAAAUCACUAAGACUAUUUUACUCGCAUUUGUUAUUCUGUCUUUGAGAAUGGCGGAAGAUUUGGAUGUAGAAGCUAUGCUAGAAGCACCUUACAUUAAAUCGAACUUUGUGGAUAACACUACCUCUUCAAAGCAUCGAUCGGACAAGUAUUCUGAUAAGCACAAAGAAAAAGAUCGAGAUGGCAGCCGAAGACGGAGCAGAUCAAGAGAUAGAAGAAGAUCAAAAGAAAGGGAUUCUCGUCGUUCAAAAGACAGAGAUGAUCGAAAAGAUAGGGAUCGUGGAAGAGAAGAACGUAAAGAAAGGGAUAAGGAUCGCGAUCGUGAUCGUGACCGCGAUCGCGAUCGUGAACGUGACAGAGACCGUGAUCGUGACCGUGGUGAUCGUGAGCGUGAUAGGGAUAAGGAUAAAGAAAAAGAUAAAGACAGAGAUCGUGAACGUGGCCACAAGGAAAAAGAUCGCGAGAAAGACAGGGAACGCGAACGUGACAAAGAGAAAAGACGCAGUAAAGAUAAAGAACGAAGUCGGGAACGAGAUCGUCAUAGCCGAGAUCGAAGCGCCGUUAAAAAAGAAAAGAGCAAUGAAAGAGAUCCAGCCAAAGAACAGCGUUCAAAAUCAAGAGGACUUGACGUCAAAUUAGAUGAGUUACCUCCUGAAGAAAGGGAUCUUCGAACUGUAUUCUGUAUGCAAUUAUCUCAACGUAUCCGUGCAAAAGAUCUUGAAGAGUUUUUUUCAUCUGUUGGUAAAGUUAGAGAUGUAAGACUAAUAACAUGUAAUAAAACUAGGAGAUUUAAAGGCAUAGCAUAUAUUGAAUUUAAGGAUGCAGAAUCCGUGCCCUUGGCACUUGGUCUGACUGGACAAAAAUUGCUUGGUGUUCCUAUUAUAGUACAACAUACUCAGGCAGAAAAAAACAGAGUUGGAAAUACAUUGCCUAACUUAGCACCAAAGACCAGCAAUGGACCAACCAGGCUGUAUGUUGGCUCUCUGCACUUUAAUAUUACGGAAGACAUGUUACGCGGAAUAUUCGAACCUUUUGGAAAAAUAGAUCAUAUUCAACUAAUGACAGAUCCUGAAACGGGAAAAAGUAAAGGAUAUGGGUUUCUAACGUUUCACCACGCUCCUGACGCCAAAAAAGCUAUGGAGCAGUUAAAUGGAUUUGAACUAGCAGGACGUCCUAUGAAGGUUGGCAAUGUAACAGAGCGAACUGAUGGUGGGUCUAGUACACGCUUUGAUGCAGAUGAGUUAGAUCGAGCUGGUAUAGACCUCGGGGCUACAGGCAGAUUGCAGCUUAUGUUCAAACUAGCAGAAGGCACAGGGCUGCAGAUACCGCCUGCAGCAGCAUCGGUUUUGAUGGGAGCUGGAUCUGCGCUAGUAACGCCACAGCCACAAGUAGCACCGCCGAUUGCGACGCAAUGUUUCAUGCUGAAUAACAUGUUUGAUCCAGCAUCAGAAUCAAAUCCGAACUGGGACAUAGAAAUUAGAGACGACGUCAUUAGUGAAUGCAAUAAACAUGGUGGAGUGUUGCAUGUUUACGUGGACAAAGCUUCACCUCAAGGAAACGUAUACUGCAAAUGCCCAACGAUUGCGACGGCGGUAGCAUCAGUAAACACAUUACACGGGCGCUGGUUUGCCGGCAGAGUCAUAACAGCAGCGUACGUCCCUCUGGUCAACUACCAUUCUCUAUUCCCUGACGCUAUGACUGCCCUUACCUUAUUACUGCCGACUCGACAACGAUAA